GUCGCGCGUGUGUCCCUCCCGUGACCGCUGCCGGGCAAAAAGUCACCCUCGAUUACUGGUCGCGCGUAUUAACCGAUCAUUCCGAAGUUAUCCACGCGAGUUACUCGGACGAGUGCGAUCGAGCAAAAUUCGCGAGUGCCGCGACACACCUCGAAAACUCGAGUCGUGGAAAAACAUUUGUACAUCGCAGUAUCGUGGAACUUCACGACGGCGGUGAUGCGGAUAACCGCGUCAUUUUUUCGAACACGACGAGAGAGAGAAAAAAAGAACUGACGACAUACGUCACGAACGGUGUGAAGACUGUCGUUUCACGUAAGCUGCAAGUGUCAUAGUGAUCUGAAGUCGCGCGCUCCCAAAUUCGCAACAAGUUGCAGGAGUCUGCUUUUUUCCUUCUCCUCUCGACUCUCGUUUCUUUUACGCGAGUGUGUGCGUGUCGUGUGUGUUCGUGAUCGGAAAGGAUUAAUACGUCAGUGAUGAUCCUGUGACGAAGCUGCCAAGUGUCGUUCUCGACAAUGACAAGCGGAUCUUCGAACGUGGCAAGGACUGUAUUCACGGACGAUCGCAUUCGAGGAAAAUGUGCCCUGUGAUCGCCAAGGAUCUUUCGAAGGUUUGACGAGGAUAAAAUCCGUGGGCGCGCGGACGAGGAGUUCGCGGAGAGCAAGUUCGACGAUGAGAGUUUGAGUCGUGCGGAAAGUGCUUUCAAGAGUGCCCGGGAUCCUGGUUCGCGCAUUUCGUCAACGACGAGGGAGCGGAAGACGACGAGUGCUGUAAAAAGGAGGCGGGGUGAGUGUGUCGCUGACACACAAGUUGACGCGACACAACGUGACGUGACGUGACGCGACGUCGGGGUGUCGAGAUGCCUCGAGAUGAGAUGGCCGCCCCUCUUGGAUCCCUCGCGUCGCUCCUCACGCUUGUACUCUGCGCUUUCAGCAGCUGCCAUGCCAGGAUAACCAAUCAGGAAAUCGUGACAAUGACAAAUGCGGAAGCAGUGGUAGGAGAAUCUGCUGCGCUACCGUGCGACGUGAAACCGCCGCUCUCCGGGGACAAGCUGCACCUAGUUAUUUGGUACAAGGAGGAAGCGGAUACACCGAUAUACAGUUUUGACAUGAGAUCGGUGAACAGCUUGGAACAUGGGAAUCACUGGCAGGAUCAAAGUCUGAAAGAACGUGCCUCCUUCAAGGACACCUCCGAACCCGCGACGCUUAUCCUAAAUAACGUUCGCGAAAGCGACGCGGCUGUUUACAGAUGCAGAGUCGAUUUCAAGCAAUCGCCGACGCGCAACAGCAAAGUCAAUCUAACGGUGAUAGUACCGCCGGAGCAGCUUAGCAUAUUGGACGAAGACGGAAGGUCUCAUAUUCCCCAUUACAUCCUCGGCCCGUACACCGAAGGAGCGUCUCUCAAUCUCACAUGUGUCGCCGCCGGUGGGCGACCGCAACCACGAGUGACAUGGUGGCAUGGGACUUCUCUGCUUGAUAACAGCUACGAAAUCGUGGAUGCUAAAAGGGUUCGCAACGUGUUGCAAUUGGAAAAGUUGGGUCGCAAGCAUCUGCGCACGUAUCUGACUUGCCAAGCCACGAACAACAACAUAGUAACACCUAUAACAAGUUCGGUGACGCUCGAUAUGAACUUGAAACCGCUCUGGGUCCGGAUUCAAGGAGAGAACCGUCCACUUAGCGCAAGCAAGACCUAUGAGAUAGGUUGCGAGGUUGUCGGAGCCAGACCGGUCCCGACGAUCACGUGGUCCAAAGGGAACACGAUACUGCGACAUGCACGGGAAACGACGAGUGCUGACGGCAACAUAACAACCAGCGUCCUAACAUUCAUGCCGAGUAUCGAAGACGCCGGCAAGUUCCUUUACUGUCGCGCCAGCGUGCCAGAUAUUCCGGACUCGGAGAUGGAGCAAGGAUGGAAGCUCAAUAUAUAUCACGAGCCUGUGGUUACCCUCGAGCUUGGCAGCAAUUUGAAUUCGAGCGCUAUUCGGGAAGGUAUCGACGUUUACUUCGAGUGCAACAUCAAGUCCAAUCCCUGGGUUUACAAGGUUUCCUGGCGCCAUAACGGCAAUCCGCUGUAUCACAAUCCGACGACCGGAACGAUAAUAAGUAAUCAGAGCCUGGUGCUGCAAAGCGUCACUCGCAGUAGAGCUGGGAUUUACACGUGCAUCGGCAAUAAUCAAGAGGGCGACGGCGAGAGCAAUCCACUGAACUUGGACAUAAAGUUCGCUCCGGUAUGCCAGCACGGCCAGAUGAGGGUUUUCGGCGUGGCGAAACACGAGAUCGCAAAUAUUCCCUGCGAAUUGGAGGCGAACCCGCCAGAAGUAUCGUUCACCUGGAAAUUCAAUAAUACGAUGGAAGCGAUGGAUAUACCUCAGGCAAAAGUCACCAGCGAUCGUACACACUCGACAGUCUCGUACGAACCGAUUAACGACCUGGAUUACGGUACUCUCCUUUGCUGGGGCAGCAACGACCAGGGCAGUCAGCUGGAACCGUGCGUCUUCCAUAUCGUACCAGCUGGCCGCCCGGACACGCCGCACAACUGCUCCCUAUUGAAUCAGACGACCGACUCGAUUUACGUGGAUUGCAUCGAAGGCUUUGACGGCGGGUUGCCGCAAAAGUUCACCAUGCAGGUGGACCGCGAGGCCGGAUCCGGCAAGGGCGGCCCGGCGACGGUCUACAAUCAGACCAGCAAGACGCCCACCUUUUCCGUCAACAAUCUGGACCCCGGCAGCACCUACGAGGUCUCCAUUUACUCCACUAAUGCCAAGGGUCGCAGUGAGACCGUGCGCUUUCGGGCCACCACCCUGAAUCUGCCCGAGAGACGAACAGCAGGUGAAAGGCUGGCGCAACCCCCCUCGCCGGAGAAUUGCACGAUCCGGGAGGAGAGCCGGACGACGGUGCGGGUGAGCUGCGCCGAGAGCGAGUACUUCGAUGCGAGCACGGCCACCUACGUGCUGCAGGUCUUCGACGCCAACACCAGGCAUCUGCUGGCGUCCACGACGAGUCUGACGCCGAGUAUGAUCGAGGUGACGAAUCUGCCCGCCGACAGGAGUCAUUCCGGCCUCAUGCUGUCCCUCAGGAUCAUGACGGCGCACGCCAUGAGCGAGGCCACGGUUCUCCACAGUCCGCAAUUUGUACCGGAGGGUAAUACCCAGGAGCACCAGCGUCACCCAGCCCUCUCACCAAUGCUAUCGUUGUCGGGUCCACUGUUGGGCGCCGUUGUGGGAGCCACAGCGGGGUUGCUCUUGGUGAUCUUCGUGAUCGUGCUGGCUGUCAAGCUGCGCUAUCGACCCCGAUCUCAGGAGGACUCUCAUGACGACGGCGGGAUGGCGAACCUGGCGGCAUCGGGGACCGACGCCUCGUCGCCCCGUGACAAAUCGUCGACCUUGCCCCUCAGCGCCGAUAGCAUCGAGAGCUUUGAGAAGAAUCCCGACAUAAUACCACACGCGAAUGAAAAUUCAUACGCGGAAUUAUGCAAAGGGACAUCACCACGAUACGUACUACAACAACCACGUCCAGACACGAAUACCUUCGCGACGACAAAAAACCAGGGGUCCGAGCUAACAUAUGCCGAAUUAACGCUAAGAGGAAACCGGCGAAUACCUCCCAAUUGCUACCAAUCUGUGCAAAUCUCCGGUAUCCAACGGCCCCAGCUGCUGCCCAUGUCGACUUUGACGCGAAGACAACCGAUCCAGGAGCCAACGAUUUACGCGCAAGUCGCCAGUCAUUCUAAACCGAUUUACGUGCCACCGCCACACCCAUACAUGAAUCGUCCUAGCGACGAAACUACGGCGGAAACGCCAUUGAUCGGACACGACAAUAAGAUCACUACGAUCAGUCAUUCGGGCAACUCGAUCUGGCGUACCGAUACGCCACCCUGCUCAAACGCGCCAACGACAUGAUUCCAGUAAGCUACAUCGUAAUUCACGAUUCCAUUUCACUCCUAAACGUCUCUCAAUGUAUUCCCCUCAGAAAGAAAAAUAAAUAAAUAAAUAAAAAGUGUAUACAUACAUACACAUCGAUCCACGUACGUGUUAAAAGCGAAGAGUAACUUCGAAGGAGACGCCACGGUUUCCCCUCUCCCUCCCCCCUCUCUCUCCCACUGAUAGAAAUUGUUAGAUCUUUACUACGAGUGUUAUAUAAAUAGAGGAUUCGUUCGACAAUGAAAGUAAUUAAUAAAAUCGCGCGGAGUAUAUAUAUUAUACGUAUAGAUUAUAUAUGCGCUUUCCGAAUGAUUUGUGAUAGUUGAUUGGUUGGAGUGGGAAGGAUGAACUGUUUUUCAACCGUCCGUAAAAUUCGAGGCUGGGCGAAUUAAAUUUUUUUUAUUCGGAAAUGGAGCAUCAUACGACUGAGAAAAUGUUAAGAAAAUGUUAUCAGAGUUCGCAAUAAUUAUAAAAAGUAUAA